AUGCGUUCAAAUCCAACCAUUUCGGUCGUCGGUUGCCAUGCCGAAGGUGAGGUGGGAGACGUGAUAGUUGGAGGUGUGCCAGACAUUCCCGGCAAGUCCAUGUACGAAAAGCUACGAAACUUCCAAAACCACAACGAUAACCUCCGGCAUCUCCUAUUGAAUGAGCCUAGGGGUCGAGCCUCACUAAAUCUCAAUUUACUUGUGCCGCCUUGUGAUCCCAAAGCCGACAUGGGACUCAUCAUCAUGUGCAACGACUCAUAUGCCUUCAUGUCCGGCUCAAACGUUAUAUGCGCAACAACCGUUCUUCUUGAAACCGGCAUGGCUCCCAUGACAGAGCCCCGGACGAAGCUCACACUAGAUACGGCAGCUGGGCUAGUUAAUGUCACGGCACAGUGUGAAGCAGGGAAGUGCAAAUCAGUGGCUUUCGACAACAUCCCCGCCUUUGUUGCUGCGCUGGACAUGCAAGUUGACGUGCCUGGAAUCGGUAACGUUUCUGUCGACGUUGCCUGGGGCGGUAUGUGGUAUGGAUUUGUUGAAGCAAAGUCUUUGGGCGUUGCUGUGUCGAACAAACAUUGCCGGAAACUGAUUGAACUCGGUGAUCGGGUUACCAAGGCGGUGCGGCAGCAUUUCACCCCAGUCCACCCGCACAAUGCAGAGAUGGCGGGCGUUUGCACUAUUUCAAUAACGGAGCCUGUGACGAGAGAGUCUGGUUGCUUGAAGGGGAAGCAUGCGGUUAUCAUCCCACCUAGUCGGCUGGAUAGAAGUCCUUGUGGUACUGGAACAUCUGCGAGGAUGGCAAUUCUACAUGCGCGUGGCCAAUUGGGGGUGGGUGAAAAGUUCAAACAUGGUAGUAUAAUUGGCAGUGAGUUUACUGGAAUCAUUCAACGUACGACAAAGGUGGGAGAGUUUGAUGCUAUCAUUCCCAAUAUAUCUGGGAGAGGUUGGAUCACGGGGUACAAGCAGAUUGUUCUUGAUCCUACUGAUCCCUAUCCGGAGGGGUUUCGGGUCGGGGAUCAGUGGCCUACAGGAACGGAGAGCUUGUAG